UGCAAGGAACAGCUCUUCUGCUUUACUCAUUCAUUGAAAUGUACCAUGGAACAUGUUGGAGAAGAUGAAAUAUGCCUUGUGUCAGACCAGAUGUACUGUGUGGAAAGGAAAGUGUAUAAUCAAGGAGUCCUACAAGGCCAGCUGCACAAGAAAGAAAAGACCUCCCAACCUCUUGGUCAGAAGAUAGCACAUUCUUGUCGCUGUUCUUCCAAGAAAGCCAAAUUUGUUCUCACUAGUUUUUUGCCAAUCUUUAAAUGGCUCCCAAAGUAUCCUGUGAAGGAGUAUUUGCUGGGAGACAUUGUCUCAGGUAUUAGUACUGGAGUGAUGCAGCUUCCUCAAGGGUUGGCUUAUGCAUUGCUGGCUGCUCUGCCCCCCGUUUUUGGUCUGUAUUCUUCAUUUUAUCCAGUAUUUCUGUAUACCUUUUUUGGAACCUCCAGACAUAUAUCCAUAGGAACCUUUGCCGUCAUCAGUCUGAUGAUUGGUGGAGUUGCUGUCAGAGAAGCUCCUGAUGAAAUGUUUGACAUUACUGACACCAACUCAACCAACACCACAUAUCCUGAAAGCUUCAGAAUCAGAGACAGCAUGAGGAUUAAGGUUGCUGUUGCGGUAACAUUGCUCUCGGGCAUCAUGCAGUUGUGUUUAGGUCUCCUUCGUUUUGGAUUUGUAGCUAUUUACCUCACGGAGCCCCUGGUUCGGGGAUUCACCACUGCUGCAGCUGUGCAUGUCUUUACCUCCCAGUUGAAGUAUCUUCUUGGAAUUAAGACAAAAAGAUUCAGUGGACCCCUUUCAUGCCUUUAUAGUUUCAUUGCUGUGUUUUCAAACAUCACCAAAACCAACGUUGCAGCAUUAGUUGUGGGACUGAUUUGCAUGGUUUUAUUGCUGAGCGGGAAGGAAAUCAAUGACCGCUUUAAAAAGAAGCUACCUGUCCCUAUCCCCAUGGAGAUCAUAGUGGUUGUAAUUGGUACUGGCGUUUCAUCUGGAAUGGAUCUGUCAAAGACCUAUGGAGUGGAUGUAGUUGGGAAUAUCCCCAAAGGGUUACGGCCUCCAGAAGUACCCGAUAUCCACCUUAUACCAUCGGUUUUUGUGGAUGCGAUAGCAAUAGCCAUAGUUGGCUUUUCCAUGACCAUCUCAAUGGCCAAGAUCUUUGCUCUUAAACAUGGUUACACUGUUGAUGGAAAUCAGGAACUGAUUGCAUUAGGAAUAUGUAAUUCUGUAGGAUCCUUCUUCCAGACUUUUGCUAUCACUUGCUCGAUGUCUCGGAGUCUUGUCCAGGAGAGCACUGGGGGGAAAACUCAGAUCGCUGGCACCCUGUCCUCAAUCAUGGUCCUGUUGGUCAUUGUGGCCAUUGGUUACCUCUUUGAACCACUGCCGCAGGCUGUGCUUGCAGCCAUCGUAAUGGUCAAUCUAAAAGGCAUGUUCAAACAGUUUGGAGAUAUUGCCCUCUUCUGGAGAAUCAGCAAGAUUGAACUGGCUAUCUGGAUUGUAGCUUUCCUGGCCUCCGUUUUCCUGGGGUUGGACUAUGGUCUGCUCACGGCUGCAGGUUUUGCACUGAUUACCGUUAUAUACAGAACACAAAGUCCACAGUACAGAAUCCUUGGCCAGAUUCAUGAUACAGACAUUUACUGUGAUGUGGAAGAGUAUGAAGAGGUGAAAGAAUGCCCUGGGAUCAAAAUAUUCCAAGCAAACGCCUCACUGUAUUUUGCCAACAGUGAUUUGUAUGUCAGUGCACUGAAGAAAAAGACUGGGGUUGAUGCCUGUGCUAUAUUGGCCGCAAGGAAGAAAGCGCAGAAAAGACAUGUCAAGGAACUAAAGCAACUGCAUAAAUGUGAGAAGAAAGCAGUCCUGAACCUGACUAGUGAUGAUGUAGAAAACGGCACGAACCAGGAAGUGCCAAAGGAUGAGCUGUCAGUCAAUGGAAAAUUCUCAGCCACAGAAGCCACAACACAGAACUCCUCUCCUGCAGAACGUGAACAUUUUAUGAAAUCAGGAAUAAACAUACAUUCCAUCAUUUUGGAUUUUUCACCAGUGAACUUUGUGGAUUCAGUUGGAGUAAAAACCUUAAAAUCAAUCAUAAAAGAAUAUGAAGAUGUUGGUGUUUCUAUGUAUAUAGCUGGCUGUAAUGGAUCUGUGAUGGACAAUCUUGUUAGGCUGCAGUUCUUUGACAAGCCCACCCAAAGAGACUUGCUGUUUCCCAGCAUUCAUGAUGCUGUACUUAGCAGCCAACUGAAAGUCCUUUCUGACUCACAGAGGUCAUUAGAGGCUGACUGUUUUAUGCCUGAAGAACAGGAGCUGAACUGAUUUCAUGGAAGUCCAUGGAUGGUACCUCUCUAUUUGUGCUUACUUUGCACAGCUAAUCCAGAGCUUCAGACUGUCUACUCAGGGCAUGUGAUAUGGCAGUGGGGCAGAGAGAACUGCCCAAGGAAUUCAAAGCCUUAAUACUCUCUCAAAAUGUUUAUGCUGCAAACAUCUACAUAAAAUUGAACUGCCUGGGGUUUUUUCUUGCAGGAAUUCUUCAGGUGUUUUUUUUAUUUUUUUAGAUCCAUGCCAGCAGAUAAUAUUGCACUAUGUUGGAGAGGGGGGAGUGGGAAAAGGGACGGAUUCCUGUUCUUUCCCCUGGAGAUGCCAGUCUGCCCUUGUUACCAAAAGGCAUUAGGAUGCCAAACACCUGUGAUUUGCAUUGUUUAAACAUUUUAAAGAAUUUUCCAACCAGACGCCAUUGCUUUUGAUUUUUAAAAAGAGCACCUUCCUGCAGCUGGAAAAUUCUUAAUGUUCGAUGUUAUUUUGUACCAUUUGUGUAUUCCCAUUCUCAACUGAAUCAAGUUUUUACUUAGUGACCUACCGUGUUUCCCCGAAAAUAAGACACUGUCUUAUAUUUGUUUUUUCUCAAGAAGACACACGAGGGCUUAUUUUCAGGGGAUGUCUUAUUUUUAUUAAGUAUAAUACAACAAUCUACAUUUAUUCAAAUACAGUGGGGCUGGUGCUAGUGAUGCGUGAACUCCUUUCCCCUAGCCGUUCGUGCAUGCGCAAUAGGAUGCCUGCAACCGCGGUUACCACAUGCGCGAACAGCUUGAAGAAAGGAGUAAUGUGGUUUUCACUCACGCACCUGCGCAAGUGCGAAUGGCUCGGAGAAAGGAGCUGUAGCAGAUAAAAGGUAUUUCAGUCUUCCUUACCGCUCCGUGCUGAAAUGCAUGGCGUGGCUAUGCAGAUACGCUGCAUAGCCACGCCCAUCACUAGGUAUUACUGGGGUAGGGCUUAUAUUUAACAAAUGCAUAGAAAUCCUGCUAGGGCUUAUUUUUUGGGUAGGUCUUAUAUUCGGGGAAACACGGUACAUUUAUUAGUACAUGAUGAUGGAGCACUUCUCCAUACAUUAAGGUACUCUGACUGCACUGAAGCAGACUUACAUUGAAGGGAACGUUGGUAUUUUAGCGGUCACUGCUUUGAAGAAUCUAUUUGGGAGGUCAAAUGUUUUAAAUAAAACAAGCAUGAAGCAACA